UAUAGUUGACAACCUAAAAAUUGCAAGAACAAAUGCGAAACAUCCUAUAUAUCGCGGUAUACGAUGUAGAAGUGGGAAAUGGAUGUGUGAAAUUAGAGAGUCACGUAAGACAACAAGAAUAUGGUUAGGUACAUACCCUACACCACAAAUGGCUGCUGCUGCCUAUGAUGUUGCUGCCUUAGCUCUUAAGCCUACUCAAAAUGUUGUACUCAAUUUUCCUCAUCUUGUUGAUUCAUAUCCAAAGCUCCCUCCUUCUCCAUCUCCGGCCGAUAUACAGCGUGCAGCGGCCACCUCAGCAACGAUGAUGGCCUUGAAGGGCGAUGAUGAUCACUCGUCGGGAAGCGAAGGUGCUAUAUUUGCCGGAGGAGGUUUAUCUGAAUCUUCUUCAUUGAAAAAUUAUGAUGUGGAGAUAGCAAACGUACCGUCGUCUUCAACUCAACCGCAACUCUAGCCAGUCUUCAUUACACCGGAU